AUGCCCAGACAGUCCUACAACCUGCCUCGGUUGACAGCCUUCGCUGACAAAGUGUCAAACACAACCCAUGAAUAUGCGAGUCGUGGGGACACCAACUCACCACCAUCAACAGCUCAUAUAAACGACGCAGAUGUGGUCUCCACGGAACUCUUUCCCCCUUCUAUCCCCUCGGAAGGCGCGAUCAACGGAGAACGCGACUGGAUUGACGGACUCUGCAACUGCUGCCAUGAUAAGUCACACUGUGCUUUGACCACCUUCUUUCCGUGUUGCAUGACUUGCCACGAGUACGAAAUCCACGGCGAAGGCUGCGGCACUCCACUCUGCCUUUGCAUGAGUCUGCUUCCAUUGACGACCAAGUAUCGCACAAAGCAUCGCAUUCGGGGUACCAUGUGGAAGGACUGUCUGCUUUCGAUUUUCUGCUGGCAAUGCCAUCUCUGCCGCCUCCAUCGCGACUUUAUGGCUACCGAAGGCGACAGCGAUGGUAAUCAGGAGGAGCAGACUGCUGAGGCGGCCAAAAAAGACGGUCCCUUUAGGACCGGCGUCGUAGACGCCCUUACUCGCGACUCGGCCAACGCGGACUAG